UUUAACGUCUUUUAUCACGCGUCCAGGCCCACCGCUCUGCUUCUCAGCUUGCGUCUACUAAAAACUGCACAGGCAAUACCAAAGCACGGGCAUUGGUCGCUUUUAUUCAUCUUUUGCUAAGCGUAAUCUUGCGCCCGGCACAUUACCAAUAACAGAAUCGAUGCACGCAGAGUCGUAGAAAACCGCUCGCAUGACGGCGGCGAUUGAAGAAUUACCGAGCAGCGAGCCAAGUGCCGCGCCGGGUGUCAAUGGAAGCGACGCGGAUGAUGCCGAACUUGCAGCUCGAGAAGCGGCAUGGGUGGAGGAGCUUAGCGCGGCGGAGGAGUGGGACGCCGAGGUAGCGCGGCUAGUCAAGGCGGAACAAGUCGCCGAGGGCAUUGAUGAGGACUUUGACGACCACUCUCCAAAGGACUGGCAGCGCUUCUACAUGGGCUAUCACCAGCGCUUCGUGGAUGACUGUGUCUUGGAGCUGCGCGGCGGCACCCUGCAGAUCCGGCUGGCCCAGGCGCCCAGCGCCAGUGUGGCCGCCAAGCAGGCGGCAAAGGGCGGAGGCGGAGGCGGGAGAGCGGGCGGCGGGGCGGCGGGGGCGGCAUCAGGGUCAGGCAAAGGCGGGGGCAAGGUCGGGGGCAAGGCCGGCGGCAAGCCGCAGUCGCAGCCGCAACAACAGGACUUGGACAAGGCCUCAGACCCUGCGUUGACUGGCACGACGGUGUGGGAUGGCGCGGUAGUAUUGGCACACUACCUCACUGAGACACCCGUGCUGGCGGCGCCACCGCCAGCAGUAGCAGCAGCUACAGCCGACGGCAGUAGCAGUAGUGGCGUUGACGGCGGCGGCGCUGCCGCGGCUGGCUCUUCGAGGCUGUGGCCGUGCAGCGGCGCGGCGUUGCCAUCCGUCCUGGAGCUAGGGGCGGGCACGGGCGGCGUGUCUCUGGCUCUGGCUGCCACGCGCACCGCCGCCUCCGUCACCGCCACCGACCUGCCGGACCUGCUGCCCACGCUGCGCCUCAACGCCGGCCGCAACAGCGGGGUGCUGCCGCCGGGCGGCCGCUUGCACGUGGCGGCGCUCAAGUGGGGGCCGGAGGGCGAGGCGGACGUGCAGGCGCUGGGUCCUGUGCGGCCGCCCUACGACGUCAUCUGCGGCUCCGACCUGAUCUACUACUCCUACACGCCCGACACGCCGCACACCGCGCUGCUGCUGUGGACGCUGCGUCGCCUGGUGGCGCCCACCACACGCGUGUACCUGUCGCUGUCGCUGCACCACAACCCAGAGGAGGUGGAGCACUUCCUGGGCUGGGCGGCGCAGGACUUCCACGUGCUGCGGCUCAGGAGGUCUGUGCCGGAGCACUUCCGUGUGCCGGACUCGCUCGUGGUGCGACUCACGCCCCGGCGCGCCAAGCUGGUGCAGCGGCGGCAGCAGGCAGAGCGGGAGCGGCGAGAGGCGGAGGCGAGGGAGCGGCGGGAGGCGGCGGCGCGGGAAGCAGAGGCGCGGGAAGCGGGCGCGGCGUGAGGGGGAGCGGGCGGCGGUCGUUCUUGCUGAACUAACGAUCUGAGCGGCAACGCGCGUGCUAUGAGCAGCUGGGAGAUUUACAUUCGUGGCUGCGCAUGCGGCGAUUCACUCAUUCACAUUCGUGACUGCGUGUGCAGAAGUGUGGCGCGUGUAUGUGAUCCAUGCCCGUCGGGCCAAGUA